ACUGGUCAACAUGAACAACCUGAUCCAUCACGUCCCUCAGACGAUUUGCCAAUGCUUUCGAGAUAAUCUUGUAAUCAGUACACAGUAAACUUACUGGCCUCCAGUUUUUAACCUCACAGGUGUCACCUUUUUUAGGUAGAAGAGUGAGGACAGCUCUCCUGCAACUAAGAGGAAGACAACCUUUCUCUAUACUGUCAUUUAAGGCCACGUUUAUACGUAGCAGGGUAUUUAUAGAAACGAAUAUUCCCCCCCCUCCGUUUUCAAAAAUAACAUCGUGCACACAACAUCGUUUUCAAAUAAGUUGUCGUUUACAUCAAAACGCAUAAAUACGCCGUCGAGCGCCAUUAUAACUAUGCCAAACCUAUGGGGGGCAAUGUAGGGAGAAGGAUAAAACCAUGCAAGCCAAUCAGAAUCCUCAGAAUCAACAACAACAAAUAACACGACCGUCUUCCUGUUCAUUCCAAACAAUAUGGCGCGAGGUUCAUUCGUGUGGACAGACAGCGAAGUGGAGUUACUCCUUAAGGUCGCUUUAGACUACAAGGCAAGUAAAGCCCAAGACAAUUUGGACUGGGAAUCUUGCCAGUCCAAAUACGUCGACAUGUUGGCGCAUUUUUUGGAGCUAUACCCGUCCGAGUCAAACAAGGAGUUUCCUCAUGUGCAGAAUGAGAUAACGCGAGCCCAUCUGACAACAAAAAUUAAGGCAAUAAGAGGGAAAUAUAGACAUUCUGUGGACACCGGACGCAGGAGCGGCCACAGAAGAGUGGUGCUCCUGUACUUUGAACUUUGCGAGCAGGUUUGGGGUGGUUCCCCAGCCACUACGACUAUCGCCUCCGGCAUCGAGACCAACGAACUGGAGGAUUCCGUCCCUCCUUCCCCCGCCACAUCUGCUUCGUCCUUGGUGGAAGUCGAGGACGCAGAGGUUGAUGAUGUUGAUGGCAGUGUGGCCAUCACCCCCACAGUGAAGCAGAGGAGAGACAUGCUUCAGGCUAAACUGAAGGGACACCGGCAUGAACGCUUAAAGAGGAGGCUGCCUGCAGAGGCCCAGUGGCUGAAUGCCGUUGAGGAUGACAAAAAUAUCAAGAAGAAACUUGUGGAAAUUAUUGAGAACUCGGAAAAGAAGGCAUCUGAGAAUUUCUCCAAAAUUACAAAUACCCUUGAUAGGCUAACGUCAUCAAUUGCAGAUGGGUUUGCUGUCCUGCGGCAAGUUGUGCAGACACCGCCACCGCCACAUUACAGAAUCCCAUUUGAGGGAAGAGGUCCUUAUGGACCAGUAUAUGCACACACGCCACCACUACACACACACUCCUAUUUCCCAAAUUCAGCACAAAUUCAGCACUCAUUCCCAUCCAACUCGUCGGCUGACAACAGACCACCCAAUGCAGUGCCACUGAGCACCGUCAACCUUACUGAUUUAACACACACACCUGUUGAGGGCAUGCAUGGUCAGUUUUCAUAUACCCAAGCCCUUAACGAAGAUCAGGGAUACUAAUAUAAAAAGUUUAAAUAGUAUUUUUUUUGCCAAUCGUUAUUGUAUUUUGGGGACUUGGAUUUUUAGUUAGAAAUGUUACCCUGGGCGAGUACCAAGAGUUUUAAAAUGGGUAAUAUAUAUAUAUAGGUAGACUUGAGUUAAGGGCUCUUGAAGUGUUUUUUUUACUUGAAAGUGACUUUUGCCCGCACAGGCAGCUUAUUUGCAAUACUUUUGUGAAUUCCUCUUAAGUUUACUUGAAUUAUUUAUUUAUUUGCCAAUUUGCACUACAGAUGCCACUUAUUUGCACUACUUUUGUGAAUUCCUAAGUUUACUUGAAUUAUUUAUUUAUUUGCCAAUUUGCACAACAGAUGCCACUUAUUUGCACUACUUUUGUGAAUUCCUAAAUUUACUUGAAUUAUUUAUUUAUUUGCCAAUUUGCACUACAGAUGCCACUUAUUUGCACUACUUUUGUGAAUUCCUAAGUUUACUUGAAUUAUUUAUUUAUUUGCCAAUUUGCACUACAGAUGCCACUUAUUUGCACUACUUUUGUGAAUUCCUAAGUUUACUUGAAUUAUUUAUUUAUUUGCCAAUUUGCACUACAGAUGCCACUUAUUUGCACUACUUUUGUGAAUUCCUAAGUUUACUUGAAUUAUUUAUUUAUUUGCCAAUUUGCACUACAGAUGCCACUUAUUUGCACUACUUUUGUGAAUUCCUAAGUUUACUUGAAUUAUUUAUUUAUUUGCCAAUUUGCACAACAGAUGCCACUUAUUUGCACUAUUUUUUUGAAUUCCUAAAUUUACUUGAAUUAUUUAUUUAUUUGCCAAUUUGCACUACAGAUGCCACUUAUUUGCACUACUAUGCUCGCCUGAUUUUCUGGAUUAAUGACACAGGCAAUUUGAUUGUGUCUGUCAAGUGUCUCUUCAGAAGUAAAAUUAUGUAAAAAAUGAAUACAUGUGUCUGUGAUUAUUCAAUAUUUGUCAAACCAGAUCAACCUAUUAUAGAAAGCAUUCACACAGGACCAUUUAGAAUUUCUCAUUCUGUAUUUGGAUAAUGGCAUUCUACCAAAAAACUAAUAUUUACACUUGGCAAUGUCGAUACAUUACAGCCAAGUGACUUGUAAACAUGUACAAUGUAAAUAACAGAAAACUAAACAUUUUUGCUUUAACAUGUUUAAAUGCUUAACACCUUGAAAUGUAGCCAAAACAUACUGCUUAAGUACUGGUAUGUAAGGAGCACAGUUUUUAGGUC